AUGUACUCACCAAAGUCUGCGCAACUAUUUACGCUCCUUGGCUUUUUAGCCCUUUCACAGGGACUUCUCCUUGAUCCCGCAACCCUACAACAAAAUCUACUUGCUAGUUAUGACUAUGUAAUAGUGGGUGCGGGGCCUGCUGGUCUUGUAGUCGCAAAUCGCUUGACACAAGAUGCGAACAUCAACGUACUCGUUCUCGAAGCCGGCCCCAUGGACUCCAGGGAGGCUAGCAUCACCAUUCCAUCUAACAUAGGAGUCGAGGUGGGAGGCCAGUACGACUGGAAUCUAACAACAGUUGCUCAAACCUCACUUGAUGGCACAACCCGACCCUUGUCACAAGGCCAUGGUGUCGCCGGAGGCACGCUUCUGAACGGUAUGAUCUGGACGCGAGGCACUCAAGCUGACUACGAUGCCUGGGUGACACUCGGUAACGACGGAUGGGGCUGGGCCGACAUGGUGCCCUAUUUUAAGAGAGUCGAGGCAUUCACCAACAACCUCAUGAGCGGCGAAGGCCUUGAAGUCACCUUGUCACCUGAUAGCUCCAUCUAUGGAACAAGUGGUCCAGUGCAAAUCGGCUAUUCCGAGUACUUGUACAGUCAAUUCAACAAUUUCAUCGAAGGCAACGUGGCUCUUGGACUAGACUUGGCUAACGACACAUCUGCUGGGGAUACCAACAUCGGUGCUACUAUCCCACCGGCGAGCAUAUCAGCUACCAACCAGUCUCGUUGCGAUGCGCGAGCUGCAUAUCUGGAUGAUGCCAUCGGACGAACGAACUUGCACAUCGCCCCUUUGCAAAGAGUCACCCAAUUGAUCCUCAACCAAGCCGAUACCUCUUCAGACCCAAUCGCCGAAGGUGUGCAGUUUGUUAGUGCCACCGAUACAUCCCAAGUCCGCAGCAUCAAUGCUACACGUGAAGUCAUCCUGGCCUCUGGCGCCAUCUGGACCCCGACUCUCCUCCAAGUCUCUGGCAUUGGACCAUCCGCCGUACUCGAAGGCCUUGGUAUUGAGACUGUGGUUGAUCUUCCUGGUGUGGGAAAUAACCUGCAGGACCAUGGGAUGCUGCAGCCCCGCUAUAACUACGCGGAUGCAUUCACUGCGAAGAAUCUUACAGGUGCGACCCUUCAAACCGCCACAGAUGAUUACUACAAUAACCGCACCGGCCCUCUCACGGCAACUUUGAUUCAGUCCAUCGCUUACUUGCCCCUCUGGCUGCUCUCCCCUUCUUGGGAAUCUCUCAUCAGCGACCUUACUUCAGCAGACCCUAACACGUACCUCCCCGCUGACACUCCAGAGGCGGUUCGUACUGGCUAUGCAGCCCAAUAUACAGCUCUUGUCCAGUCGUUGGGCAGCUCUACGGAGGGUGUCGUUGAGAUCAUGUCCAACUCGAUUGGCACGAUCCAAGUCACAUCGCAACGCCCUCUUUCUCGGGGCUACGUUCGCCCCGUAUCAGCCAGUAUCCUGGACGGUGUUGAGCUCAAUCCCAACUACGGCGCCAACCCAUUCGACAAAGAUCUCAUCGUGAUGGGUUUAGAGUGGAACGCCCGGCUCAUCCAGACUGAUGCCAUGCAAGAGUUAUCCCCCAGCCCCGAUGCGUCCCUCACCUCCGGCGACCUGGCACAGCUCGAGGGUGUGGUGAACAGCGGGCUCGGCACUGAGUACCAUCCGUGUGGCACGACUGCUAUGUUGCCACUCGAUAGUGGUGGUGUAGUUGAUACCGAGCUGAAAGUCUAUGGUGUGCAGCGCCUACGCUCCGUCAACUCUGGUAUUAUCCCUUUGAUCCCAAGUGCCCAUAUUCAGGCUGUGACAUAUGCGCUCGCCGAGAAGGUUAGUCAGUUAUUACACUGCUGA